UACAGUUGGCUCAGCAGGCGCCAUCUUGGGUGUCUAACAUUUUUGUGUAAGCUGUCAUGUCAGUCGAUUUCUAAAAGGAAAACUAUUGUGUUCGGAAAAACUAGUUGGUGUAGUUUUUGUUUCGUGAAAGACUGAUAAUAUUUUAAGUUAAGGGACAGGAUUCGUUUUACAAUAAAAAGUAAAAAUGGCAAGUCAAAUGUUGCCAAUUAAAUUCCAGGAACAUUUACAGCUGGUAAAUGUCGGUAUCAAUGUGGCGAAUAUAUCUUUUGCCACUCUCACCAUGGAGAGCGACAAAUUCAUCUGUGUCAGAGAAAAAGUGGGAGAUACCUCCCAGGUGGUGAUAAUAGACAUGGCAGAUACAGCUAACCCCAUAAGGCGUCCCAUCACUGCUGAAAGUGCAAUAAUGAACCCAGCUUCCAAGGUCAUAGCCCUCAAAGGAAAAGCUGGAGUAGAGGCUCAGAAAACCCUGCAAAUAUUCAACAUCGAAAUGAAGUCCAAGAUGAAGGCACAUACCAUGAACGAAGACGUCAUCUUCUGGAAGUGGAUAUCUUUGAACACCUUAGCGUUGGUUACAGAAACUUCCGUCUAUCAUUGGUCUAUGGAGGGUGAUUCGACACCUGUGAAAAUGUUUGAUCGUCACUCGUUGCUGAACGGAUGCCAGAUAAUCAACUACCGAACGGAUCCCAAGCAGAACUGGCUCCUCCUGGUAGGCAUAACGGCCCAGCAGUCCAGGGUGGUUGGUGCGAUGCAACUGUAUUCGGUGGAGAGGAAGUGCUCUCAGCCGAUAGAAGGCCACGCCGCCUCCUUUGCCACGUUCAAGAUGGAGGGCAACCCAGAACCGUCCACUUUGUUCUGCUUCGCAGUGAGAACGGCCCAGGGUGGAAAGUUGCACAUUAUCGAAGUCGGUCAGUGUCAUCCGAACAAUCAGCCUUUCCCCAAGAAAACCGUGGACGUCUUCUUCCCUCCGGAGGCCCAGAAUGAUUUCCCGGUGGCCAUGCAGGUCUCCUCCAAGUACGACGUGAUCUACUUGAUCACCAAAUACGGCUAUGCCCACAUGUACGACAUCGAGAGCGGCAUCUGCAUCUACAUGAACCGUAUCUCAAGCGAGACCAUCUUCGUCACAGCCCCACACGAGGCAACCGGUGGAAUAAUUGGUGUCAAUAGGAGGGGUCAGGUGCUGUCCGUGUCGGUGGAUGAAGACAACAUAAUCCGUUACGUGAGCGGUGUCCUCCAUAACCAUGAUUUGGCCCUUCGUAUUGCGUCUAGGAACGAUCUGGCAGGAGCUGAGGAUCUUUUCGUCAGCAAAUUCCAGAUGUUGUUCCAGAAUGGUCAAUACACGGAAGCCGCAAAGAUUGCUGCUAAUGCACCCAAAGGAAUUCUAAGAACUCCCGCUACGAUUCAAAUGUUCCAACAAGUGCCCACCCAGGCUGGACAAAACAGUCCAUUAUUGCAGUAUUUCAGCAUCCUCCUCGAUAAAGGACAAUUAAACAGGUACGAAUCCCUGGAACUCUGCAAGCCGGUGCUCUUGCAGAACCGCAAACAGCUCCUGGAGAAGUGGCUGAAGGAGGAGAAGCUCGAGUGUUCCGAGGAACUGGGCGAUCUCGUCAAACAGGUCGACCCCACCCUCGCCCUGUCCGUCUAUCUGAGGGCCAACGUGCCGGAGAAGGUGAUCCAGAGUUUCGCGGAGACCGGACAGUUCCAGAAGAUCGUCAUCUACGCCAAGAAGGUCUCCUACACCCCGGACUACGUCUACCUGCUGCGCUACGUGAUGCGGACGAACCCCGAGCAGGGCGCCAAGUUCGCUGGCAUGCUGGUCGGCGACCAGGAACCCCUCGCCGACAUAAACCAGAUCGUCGACAUCUUCAUGGAGCACAACAUGGUGCCGCAAUGCACGGCCUUCCUCCUGGAGGCGCUGAAGAACAACAGACCGACCGAGGGUCACCUGCAGACGAGACUGCUGGAGAUCAAUCUUAUAUCCGCGCCGCAGGUUGCCGAUGCAAUUUUAGGUAGCAACAUGUUCUCCCACUACGACAGGGCGCACAUCGCCCAGCUCUGCGAGAAGGCGGGUCUCCUCCAAAGGGCCCUGGAACACUACACCGACCUUUACGACAUCAAGAGAGCGGUGGUGCACACCCAGCUCCUACCGGUGGACUGGCUGGUGAGCUUCUUCGGCACCCUCAGCGUCGAGGACAGCCUCGAGUGUCUGAAGGCCAUGCUGACGGCCAACAUCCGGCAGAACCUCCAGAUCUGCGUGCAGAUCGCCACCAAGUACCACGAACAGCUGACCACGAAGGCCCUGAUCGAUCUGUUCGAGAGCUUCAAGAGCUACGAGGGUCUGUUCUACUUCCUCGGCUCCAUCGUGAACUUCUCGCAGGACGAGGAGGUGCACUUCAAGUACAUACAGGCGGCCUGCAAGACCGGCCAGAUCAAGGAGGUGGAGCGCAUAUGCCGCGAGUCGAACUGCUACAAUCCGGAACGCGUGAAGAACUUCCUCAAGGAGGCCAAGCUCACCGAUCAGCUGCCGUUGAUCAUAGUGUGCGACCGAUUCGACUUCGUCCACGAUCUGGUUCUGUACCUUUACAGGAAUUCCCUGCAGAAAUACAUCGAGAUCUACGUGCAAAAGGUGAACCCCAGCAGGUUGCCCGUCGUCAUCGGCGGACUGUUGGACGUCGACUGUUCCGAGGACAUCAUCAAGAACCUUAUAUUGGUCGUGAGGGGUCAGUUCUCCACCGACGAGCUCGUCGAGGAGGUGGAGAAGAGGAACAGGCUGAAGCUGCUGCUACCCUGGCUGGAGUCGAGGGUGCACGAAGGUUGCGUGGAACCGGCUACGCACAACGCGCUCGCGAAGAUCUACAUCGAUUCCAACAACAACGCUGAGAGGUUCUUGAAGGAGAACCAAUGGUACGACUCAAGGGUGGUAGGACGCUAUUGCGAGAAGCGCGAUCCCCACCUGGCGUGCGUGGCCUACGAGAGGGGCCAGUGCGACCGCGAACUGAUAGCCGUGUGCAACGAGAACUCGCUGUUCAAGUCCGAGGCCAGGUACCUGGUGCGCAGGCGCGACCCCGAGCUGUGGGCCGAGGUGCUCCAGGAGAGCAACCCCUACAGGCGACAGCUGAUCGACCAGGUGGUGCAGACCGCCCUGAACGAGACCCAGGAUCCCGAGGACAUCUCCGUCACCGUCAAGGCUUUCAUGACGGCCGACCUGCCGAACGAGCUCAUCGAGCUGCUCGAGAAGAUCGUCCUCGACAAUUCUGUGUUCUCCGACCAUAGGAACCUGCAGAAUCUUCUCAUCUUGACCGCGAUAAAGGCCGACACCAGCCGCGUGAUGGACUACAUCAACCGCCUGGACAACUACGACGCCCCCGACAUAGCGAACAUCGCCAUCAACAACCACCUCUACGAGGAGGCGUUCGCCAUCUUCAAGAAGUUCGACGUGAACACGUCCGCCAUCCAGGUGCUGAUCGAGCAGGUCCAGAACCUGGACCGCGCCUACGAAUUCGCCGAGCGAUGCAACGAGCCGGCCGUGUGGAGCCAGCUGGCCAAGGCGCAGCUGAAGCAGGGCAUGGUCAAGGAGGCGAUCGACUCCUACAUCAAGGCCGACGACCCGUCCGAGUACAUGGCCGUUGUGGAGACCGCCGGCAAGAACGAGUCGUGGGAGGAUCUGGUCAGGUACCUCCAGAUGGCGCGCAAGAAGGCGCGCGAGAGCUACAUCGAGUCCGAGCUGAUCUACUCGUACGCGAAGACCGGUCGUCUGGCCGACCUGGAGGAGUUCAUAUCCGGGCCCAACCACGCCGACAUACUGAAGAUCGGGGAGCGUUGCUUCGAGGACAAGAUGUACGACGCGGCCAAGCUGCUGUUCAACAACGUGUCGAACUUUGCGCGUCUCGCCAUCACGCUGGUCCACCUCAAAGAGUUCCAGGGCGCGGUGGACAGCGCCCGGAAGGCGAACAGCACCAGAACCUGGAAGGAGGUCUGUUUCGCGUGCGUCGAUCACGAGGAGUUCAGGCUGUCGCAGAUGUGCGGCAUGCACAUCGUGGUGCACGCGGACGAGUUGCAGGAUUUGAUCAACUACUACCAAGACCGCGGGUACUUUGAGGAGCUCAUCGGUCUAUUGGAAGCUGCGUUAGGUUUGGAGAGGGCCCAUAUGGGGAUGUUCACCGAAUUGGCAAUACUUUACUCGAAAUACAAACCGGCCAAAAUGCGGGAGCAUCUAGAGUUGUUCUGGUCCAGAGUCAAUAUACCAAAAGUUCUUAGAGCGGCAGAGCAGGCUCAUCUCUGGGCCGAAUUGGUAUUCCUGUACGACAAAUACGAAGAGUACGACAACGCUGUCCUUGCCAUGAUGGCACAUCCGACUGAAGCCUGGAGGGAGGGGCAUUUCAAGGACAUCAUAACCAAAGUGGCCAACAUCGAAUUGUACUAUAAGGCUAUACAGUUUUAUCUCGACUACAAACCGCUACUUUUGAACGACCUACUGCUUGUGUUGGCCCCCAGGAUGGAUCAUACCAGGGCUGUCCAGUUCUUCUCCAAAACAGGUCAUCUGCAGCUGGUCAAAUCAUACCUUCGUUCUGUACAAAACCUGAACAACAAAGCGAUCAACGAAGCCUUGAAUUCUCUGCUAAUCGAAGAGGAGGACUUCCAGGGACUCCGAACAUCCAUAGAUGCUUUCGACAACUUCGAUAACAUCAGUCUUGCCCAGAAACUAGAGAAACACGAACUGACGGAAUUCAGGCGCAUCGCCGCCUACCUCUACAAAGGCAACAACAGAUGGAAACAGAGCGUGGAGCUGUGCAAGAAGGACAGGCUCUUCAGGGACGCGAUGGAGUACACGGCCGAAUCGAGAAAUCAAGAAUUGGCCGAAGAGCUCCUUGCGUGGUUCUUGGAGAGGAAAGCCUACGAUUGCUUCUCAGCCUGCUUAUAUCAAUGCUACGACCUGUUGAGGCCCGACGUGAUCCUGGAGCUCGCGUGGAAGCACAAGAUAAUGGACUUCGCGAUGCCCUACCUCAUCCAGGUGACGAGGGAAAUGUCGACGAGGAUCGAGAAAUUGGAACAGUCGGAAACGCAGAGGCAGACCGAGGCAGCGGAAGAGCCCAAGUCGAUCAUGAUGCAGGAGCCUCAAUUGAUGCUAACCGCCGGUCCGGGCAUGGGUAUGCCACCGCAGCAGUUCGUGCCCCAGGCAUACGCCCAGGCCGGUUACGCCCCUCAGAUGCCAUACCAGGGGUAUCAGGGAAUGUAAUAUACACCCCCUUUGAAUUAUACCCAAAUGACUAGCAAAUGGAUAUAGUACAAGACAAUAUAGCUCGUUACAUAGGAGGGGUUGGUUCGUUUUGCACGAAGAAUCGCCCAAAAAUAAUUGAAUGUUUCGAUCAAUCACAGUAUUUUCAGUAUUUUUACUAUAUCUAUUUAUGAUGGAAUUUGGAACGGAGCAAGAUGAAUCAACCCCUUGGAAUGCUUGAAAAGAAGUCUUAUUAGGAACUUUAAUCGUUAUUUUCCAUUCCGCCAAAGUCUUGUGAAGGAUGUUAUUUAUUGAACGUUUGUUCAUAGUUCAAAUUUUCGAGAUUAAUACCAGAAAUCGUUGAAGAGUUAUAUAGGUUAAUUGGAUACGAAAAUUGUGUAGAUACUAAUCUGGGCUUGUUUCUCGACCGAGAAAUUCUUUUAGGGCAGUAUAUAUAUAUCCGAGGAAAUUAUGAAUUCAGAAGUCGUAAUUUGUAACUUUUAUUCGUUUUACGUCCACAUUCAUUAUCGUGCUUUAUUUUUGUUAUUCUUUUUUAAUGGAUGCUUAUUUACCUUUUAGUAUGUACAUAAUAGCAUAUUAUGUGCUGGUAGAUGAGAAGGAAGCAGAAGACGUACUGUGUAUAUAUAAUAUAUUGAUAAUAAUAUAGUAUAAUUUAGUUGUCGAUCAAAAUUUUAUGUUUGUCAAUCAUACUUCGGACUUACAUCAAAUCAGUGAUUUUAGGCAUUCCUGUUUCAGUUUUAAAACAACAAACUUUCUUACUUUUUGAAUCCUCUUUGAUUAACUGAUGGUUAUUUUUUAUCAGAAUUUUAAUGAUGCACGUCAAAUUGGAUAUUUAUUGAGUGUAUUAGCAAGUUGAAACUUUAUUUAGUUUGUAUCAUUAUAAUAUAUUUGUAAAUGUUGGUAUAUUUCUCAGUAAUUGCACCUUAAAGCAAGGUUCUUGUUAUUUUCCUAUAAUCAUGAACAGCUAUAUUAAUUAAAGACAUUACCUAUAAA